GUGUUAAUUGGCCUUGAUCCUCACUUACUGCCUCCAAUGAUUGAAAAAAGCAAGACUGCCCUUGUUGCUGUGAGAUCCAUCAUACCAGUGAUCCUAGUUCUGUUACUACUAGGAAGUGUUGGUAUACUAAUAGUUCCCAUUAUACUCUACUUCACAGAGAGACAUAGUGAAAGAACUAAUUUGAUAAACACUGGACCAAACACCAGUGCUUUAAACUGCAGUGAAGACUUUUACUACAAUGCUGAAUUUGGAGUCUGUUAUCCCAUUUGUAGUCAAUGGAGUCAUUAUAGUAAUAAAAAUGCUUUGUUACUGCUCUCAGGAUUGGUAGCUGGGUUUGAUCUAAUCAUUUCCUCUAUAACUUUCAUCAUUGCUGGAUUUCGUUACAAAAUAAUAUGCAAGUUCCCAACUGUAUUUGUUCUCUAUGCUGCCAUUACAUACUGCUUUGGAGAUAUCAUAUUUUACAUUUCAUCUCUUGCCAAUGAGCAGUUAUUCUGCAAUUCUGAAGACGACCUUUUCUCUACUCUUAAUGAAUCAACAACUUUUUGUACUAUAUCUGGUAUUGUACAUCAUUACACUAUCUUAUUAUCCACGCAUUGGUGGUUUGCUUGGGCAAUGGUCACAUUCUUUGAUCUGAUAUUUCCUUUACGUUCAAGAUCACUGCACAUAAAAGGAGUGUAUCGGUACAUACACAUUGCCCUAGUGUCAAUAGGACUAAUCAUCCCUCUUAUCAGCAUCUUAGUUACAUCACUGACUGUCCCCUCUCCUCCAUAUAAUUUUGAUGAUAUUCCUCCAACUGCUUGUCUGAGUCGUGACUCCAGAAUUGCUUUCUUCACAGCAAUAGUGCCAAACAUAGCCCUUACUAGUAUAUACAGUGCAAUGAUCAUUGUAACAAUGAGAAAAAUUCAUAAAGCAAUGCAGAGGAAGUCUCAAAGUGAGCAAUUCCGUCUCACUCCAGCUGAAAAGAAGCUCCUUUUCAUUCUAAUUCUCAACAUGUUCUUUGAGAUCUGCUUAUUCAUCAUCAUAGCACUCCGUAGUACACUUACUGAGAAAGUAGUGAAUAAAUUCUUCAAGGAAUACUUUAUAUGUGAAACCUUUGGUAGUGGAGAGGAAUGUAAUUUAGUUCAAAAUAUCAGCUUUUUUCUUGGUCUGAGGAUUGUGCUUGUAGUAGCUGCUGGUGUUCUCCCAUUGGGUCCAUUAAUCUAUGUCAUUAAUUGGAGUGCUACCAAGGAAUUCAUUUGUCAUGAUAAAUCAAAUCAGUGAUACAUAGAACUCAAAUAUAUUAUUAUACUGUUCAAAUAUUGCAAUAUUAAGUUGCUAGCAGUCAUGUUACUCUUGUA